AUGGGUAUCUCGCCAAAGGGAACUAAUCGCUACUGUUCCAUUAACGCACACGACCGUGAGGAACAAGGCAGACAUGAUGACCUCUGGUCCCUUUUUUAUAUGCUUGUGGAGAUGAUCAUUGGUAACUUGCCAUGGAAAAAUAUGACCGAUCACGCAACAACAGGACGGGAAAAAACUGACAAAGAGCCGGAACUUUUGGAAAAGUCUCCAAAAGAGUUUGAACUAUAUCUGACGCAUAUCAAACAGCUAAGUUAUGGGAUUACCCCCGAUUACGAGCUCCUUCGAAACAUCUUCCUCAAUGUUUUCAAAAGGAAUAAAUUUGACUUCUCCAUGAAACUUGAUUGGGAGAAAGACGGAGAGCAUGGAAAUCUAUAUAGUUGGAAUAGAUGCUCGUUGCCACGAGUGACCACAAAAGAUAAUACACCGAUUACUCUCGAGCAGUUGCUGAAAAUGCCCAAAAAUUUAAUGGAAGUCACUGAAAAUAUGGCUCUAAAAACACAAGAGAAGGAGUGGUACGCCACAAAUUCAUCGCAUGACGACACUCUGGAGGACAAUGUUGAUCAGCAAAGUGAACGAGAUGUACAGGCAAGUUUCUAA